AUGGCCCGUACAAAGCAAACUGCUCGCAAAUCAACCGGUGGAAAGGCUCCACGAAAACAGCUAGCCACUAAAGCAGCACGCAAGAGCGCUCCUGCAACCGGUGGAGUCAAGAAACCUCAUCGUUACAGGCCUGGUACAGUCGCUCUUCGUGAGAUCCGUCGCUACCAGAAAUCAACCGAGCUGCUCAUCCGCAAGUUGCCCUUCCAGCGUCUUGUGCGAGAAAUUGCUCAAGAUUUCAAGACCGACUUACGUUUCCAGAGCUCUGCUGUGAUGGCCCUUCAAGAGGCCAGCGAGGCUUACCUUGUUGGUUUGUUUGAAGACACCAACUUGUGCGCCAUCCACGCCAAGCGCGUCACCAUCAUGCCGAAAGACAUUCAGUUGGCCCGCCGAAUCCGCGGAGAACGAGCAUAAGUGGAUUGCAUCUUCACCUAACAAACGGCUCCUUUAGGAGCCACCACAUCAAUAAAAGCAAUGCCAACCAUGAUCUUUUAAAUUCCCCGAUCUAUUUCGUAGAAUUUUCCCUUGUCUCUCACCCAUAAACCGCAUAAGUUUCCUUCCUUUGCGCUUCGCCGUUCUGGCGCCAAAAUAACAAACGCGUGACCUGCAUCCACUUCUAGUCGCUACAGCCAAAAAUCUAUAAAUUUUCUUACUCUUAGCAAAGUACCAUACACUCGAAAAUUAUUAGUCUUUCAGUGCAUUUACUUCGUCCUCAAUUUUUUUAAAAAUUACCAGUGCACGAUUUACUUUCAAGCUCGGAUGUGCGCGUAGUCAAGAUGGCGAAGGAAUGGCAGAUAUACUCCCGCAUACAUCUAGAUCGCUUUUUUCACCUCGUACAGUCCCUUUCGCCGUGCCUAACAUGUAUAAAACGUAAUGUACCGUAUUAAAACAUGACAAAACCAUGUAUUUGUAAUUCGAGGGAAUUACAAACGACAAUAUUACUUAAAGUCCAAUGCGUAGUCCUUAUCUUGUGAGUAGCCUCGAAUUUUAUUGUGUCUUGUUUGUAUCCUUGGUAUUAUUUUUCUAAAUAGAUUCCGCUUUUACAUAGGAAGAACUCAAUAAUUUAGUCAAACAUAACAUCCACAGUAUCUUAUCUUUCUGGUAAAACAUCUUUAGACGUGGCUAGGGAAAUUUACUAGUCUAGUUGACACGCGAAAACCGACUUCCCAUCUUGGCCGACACACCAUAUCACCAACUACCUACUUUUGGUCUCUAAGCAUCCUGAUUUUAGAAAUUACAUUUAACUAAGCUAGUUCACUUCUAUUUUUAAGAAAAAGAAAGAAUUAUUUGGUAAGGACUUCUCGACAGGAAGCAAUGAGAGCUAAAAGACUGGUGAUUGUUCGUCAACAAAGGAUCCACCGCCAUUGCGGCGUUCUGUCUUUGUUACCCGGAGAAAAUUCAGCUUUAUUCAACCAUUUUUGAUAAUUUGCUCAUUUAUCCUCCUAAUAUAAAUUCGUGGAUAAAUUUACUUUGAUAUCAUGUAAAAAGCGUACGAGUGUUGUGCUUAGUUUUCGAGAAAUUUACUUUGGAACACAAGAUUAUCUACUUUUUAGUUCAGAAUCGCAAUUCUAAAUUGAAAAUUGAACAGUUCUGGUGUCAUUUACAGCAAAACGGAUCAUUGUAAUGCAUUGCCAAGUCAAUUUAAUUUCUGAAAAUAUAAAAAUAAAGAAGUUCGAGCGCUUAGAUUCUUCUUAAAGUUUCUCGGAAUUCUUUCAAAAAGCACAAAUUUCAUGUGACGGAUGCAACCAGUUCGCAACGUGUUACUGUUUCCACAGCGGUCCGCAUCAUUCCAAUAAACAACGCUCCAAGUCGUUUCAACAGCCAUAUUCGAUCAUCUAGUCACGAGUAGUAGUUGAGUGUAAUUGAAAUACUUUCUUGCUAAAACAUGUCGGGAGAAUCUCCUAAGAAGACUGCUUCUAAACCCAAGAAAGCAGCUAAGCCUGCUGAACAUCCAAAGUACAUCGAAAUGAUCAAGGCUGCCAUCACAGCAUUGAAGGAGCGUGGCGGGUCUUCGCGAAUUGCCAUCGAGAAGUACAUCAAGGCGAACUACAAAGUUACUGAUGUUGGUCCUCAUUUGAAGAUGGCCUUAAAGAAAGGUGUAGCCAGUAAUGUUCUUGUCCAGACGAAAGGAACUGGAGCUUCGGGCUCGUUUAAGGUAAACAAAGAAGCCCUGAAGCAAAAGAAGGAGAAGAAGAAGCCCGCCAAAAAGCCCACAACGAAGANAAAUUCAGCUUUAUUCAACCAUUUUUGAUAAUUUGCUCAUUUAUCCUCCUAAUAUAAAUUCGUGGAUAAAUUUACUUUGAUAUCAUGUAAAAAGCGUACGAGUGUUGUGCUUAGUUUUCGAGAAAUUUACUUUGGAACACAAGAUUAUCUACUUUUUAGUUCAGAAUCGCAAUUCUAAAUUGAAAAUUGAACAGUUCUGGUGUCAUUUACAGCGAAACGGAUCAUUGUAAUGCAUUGCCAAGUCAAUUUAAUUUCUGAAAAUAUAAAAAUAAAGAAGUUCGAGCGCUUAGAUUCUUCUUAAAGUUUCUCGGAAUUCUUUCAAAAAGCACAAAUUUCAUGUGGCGGAUGCAACCAGUUCGCAACGUGUUACUGUUUCCACAGCGGUCCGCAUCAUUCCAAUAAACAACGCUCCAAGUCGUUUCAACAGCCAUAUCUGAUCAUCUAGUCACGAGUGGUAGUUGAGUGUAAUUGAAAUACUUUCUUGCUAAAACAUGUCGGGAGAAUCUCCUAAGAAGACUGCUUCUAAACCCAAGAAAGCAGCUAAGCCUGCUGAACAUCCAAAGUACAUCGAAAUGGUCAAGGCUGCCAUCACAGCAUUGAAGGAGCGUAGCGGGUCUUCGCGAAUUGCCAUCGAGAAGUACAUCAAGGCGAACUACAAAGUUACUGAUGUUGGUCCUCAUUUGAAGAUGGCCUUAAAGAAAGGUGUAGCCAGUAAUGUUCUCGUCCAGACGAAAGGCACUGGAGCUUCGGGCUCAUUUAAGGUAAACAAAGAAGCCCUGAAGCAAAAGAAGGAGAAGAAGAAGCCCGCCAAAAAGCCCACAACGAAGAAACCGGCCGCCAAAAAACCCGUAGCCAAGAAACCAACAGCGAAGAAAGCAGCCGCCAAAAAGCCAGCAGCGAAGAAGGCAACUACCAAGAAACCAGCAGCAAAGAAGACAACAAAGAAACCUGCAGCAAAAAAGGCCGCGGCUAAGCCGAAAACUGCCCAGAAGAAGGCGCCAGCUAAGAAACCUGCAGCCAAGAAAGCGGCGAAGAGUCCAAAGAAAUCCGCCAAGAAGUAA